AUGUUUUCGAAUCUAUCCAAACGUUGGGCUCAAAGGACCCUUUCGAAAAGCUUCUACUCUACUGCAACAGGUGUUGCUAGCAAACCAGGCAAGCUUACUCAAAAGCUGGUUACUGCAGGUGUUGCUGUCGCCGGUAUCACCGCAUCAACUUUACUCUAUGCAGACUCUUUAACUGCAGAAGCUAUGACUGCAGCUGAACACGGGUUGCAUGCCCCAGCAUAUGCUUGGUCUCACAAUGGGCCUUUUGAAACAUUUGACCAUGCAUCCAUUAGGAGAGGUUACCAAGUUUACCGUGAAGUUUGCGCCGCCUGCCAUUCUCUUGACAGAGUGGCUUGGAGAACUUUGGUUGGUGUUUCUCACACCAACGAAGAGGUUCGUAACAUGGCUGAAGAAUUUGAAUACGACGAUGAACCUGAUGAACAAGGUAACCCUAAGAAGAGACCUGGUAAAUUGUCUGACUACAUCCCUGGGCCAUACCCAAACGAACAGGCCGCAAGAGCUGCCAAUCAAGGUGCUUUGCCACCUGAUCUAUCUUUGAUUGUGAAAGCUAGACACGGUGGUUGUGACUACAUUUUCUCUUUGUUGACCGGUUAUCCUGAUGAGCCUCCUGCUGGUGUGGCCUUACCACCAGGCUCUAAUUAUAACCCUUACUUCCCAGGUGGUUCCAUUGCCAUGGCAAGAGUCUUGUUUGAUGACAUGGUCGAGUACGAAGAUGGUACCCCCGCAACGACAUCUCAAAUGGCAAAGGACGUUACCACCUUUUUAAACUGGUGCGCUGAACCUGAACACGACGACAGAAAGAGACUGGGUUUGAAAACGGUGAUAAUCCUAUCAUCUUUGUACUUGCUAUCUAUUUGGGUGAAGAAGUUCAAAUGGGCCGGCAUUAAAACCAGAAAAUUCGUUUUCAAUCCACCAAAGCCAAGAAAGUAA